AUGGGAAGAAAGUGCAGUGUGCAAGGGUGCCGCGGUGGCCGGUCGGACACUUGGACCAUGGGAGCUGAGGUGGAAACAACGGACCAGGGAAGCUACAGGGGAUGGCCCUCGCCUCACCCUGUUCACCUCGUCUUAGUGGACCGCGACCGCUGGGCGACCCCGCCGCCAUCUGAGGUGAGCCCAGCUUCCCCCAUGAAGGGCCUAGCUCCCAGUCCCCUUUCCCAGCGCCCAUCGUCGUCCCAGAUUGUGCGCUUCCCACCACCCCCCCCGCUCAGUCAGUUUUUUGGGGGAACACCCCCGGGAUAUAGCUUCACGGCCUGUCCCGCUUCGUCCAGUCGCUUAUUCCUCAAAAAACAAAACAAUAACAUCGCCAGAUUAUUGUCUGCGCACUUCAAAGCACAGAGCCUCAUCUUUAAUUCACCACACCACCACACAAUUCGACACCCCACGCCGUCGAACAUUUCCAUCAUCAAAUCGCCCCCGAACCACGAAAGAGCGACAGAUGCGCACGACAGCUUUCGAUACGCCUUCGCGACCAUGAUGCGAGAUCCGCGUCGCCGGAGCCCAGAGAGCUCUCGGCGGCGAAGAAGAGACCGCCGUGAUUCUCGCGAGCAACUCGCCAGCGCUGCCGACGAGAGCGUCGUAUCGAGUAUUCCUGGUCCAUCAUCUCGGGCCCCAACACAGCAGCAGCCUUUGCCGUCCGUCUAUUCGCCGUCGCAAUCGCAAUACCCCCAAUCCUAUACCGAAUCUCAGAGAUACCCCGAAACCGAGAGAUAUGCCGCCCCUUCUGAGAGAUAUCCCGAUUCUCAGAGAUAUGGCGAGCCCCAACGAUACCCCCAACCCGACCAGUACCAACAUCACCAACACCACCAGCCGCAACAACAGUAUCCCCCUUCCGAGGCCUUCGUUCAGCCUCUAGGCUAUGGCGAACCCGAACGACAUGCCCAACCCCAGCCAUACCAAGGAAACCAUCAGUCCGAGAGGAUGCGCCCGCGAGGCGGCUCCAGUUCUUCCUCGUCCUCCUCCACCUCCUCCUCCAUGCUCAACAUCUCAGCAAAGAGCCCCAAGUUUGGCGGCAUCUUUAAUACUUUCUUCAGAGCCCCCUCGGAGCAGCGCAAACGUCGCAGGAGGAAGAAGCAGAAGGCCCGCAUUCUCUCCUUUGGCAAUUCCUCCUCUUCGUCCGUCAAUUCUGACAUGGCUUACGGUCGCGGCUACAUUGACCGCGACAAGAGUCAGCUUACGAGCCCCAGGCCACAGGGAUACGCGAGUCCCUCGUUGUACCGCGCUGAACCGACUGACGCCCACCAACAACAACCGCGGCCCCCGAUGCCUCGUGAUAAGACCGACGAAGAAAUUCUCGAGAUUGGACGCCAACUGCAAGACAUUGCGCGCAGGCAGAAUGAGCAUGACCUCAAGUCUGCUUCCAAGUCACGGGCGUCCCAGCUGGCCGGUACCGCGGCUGGUGCUGCAGCCGCAGCCGCCGCCUUCAGCCAUUUCCGUAGUAAGAGUAAGAGCGACACCAAGACCAGAGGAUCUGGCACUUCUAAACCUAAUGAAAACGCUUCCUCCUCGGACGAUGACUGGGAAUCGGCGUCUGAAGAUGAGUCUACUACUACGGAUGAUUCCGACAACGGCCUGGCGUAUGGCUCCUCCAUCAAGCCGUCCAAGUCGGCAAGAAUUUCAAACGAGCCUCCGGAGCAGAUCAAGCCACCCUCGCGGAGGAGUACCAUUGUGGACCCACGCCUCUUCGGUCCCGUAAACUCUCUUCGCGGCGCCGUAAAAAGCCCAUGCGGCUUUGGCGAAGAAGACCCCCGGUCCGCUGGCUCUUCCCGGCGCCACCACGAAGAGACGGUAGCGCAGGUCGAAUCGCCCAAGACUGGGAAACAACCGAUGCAGCGUAUAUACCCCGUGCCGACCUCAGACCCGGACAAGUUUGACUACGACCGUAGCUCUGUAACCUCAUCCCGCCAGGAUGUCCCUCAGCGUGCCCGGCCCGACCCAGUCCCCAUCCAGCAGCCUAUUCCCAUUGUCCCUCUCCCGUCCAAGGUGUACGAUGCAGAAAGAUUCGAGGAGGAGGAGCGCCGGAACUCUAAGCAACCCCGCCAGCCGCCCAAGGGAAGAAGCGCUGCUGAGAAUGCCAUCGCUGGCGUAAGCAUUGCCGCUGCGGCUAUGGGUGUGACCAUGGCUGCUAAACGUAGGGACUCGGGCGAGUAUAUGGAACGACGAGAUGACCGUCGAAGUGAGGUACGGGACCAUCAUCGGAAUGACUUCCGCGAUUCCUGGCAAAGCCGUCGUAUAGAGGAAGAGCCCGAACGCCCAGUACCAAUUGAGCUGGAAGACCGCGAUCCUCGUGAUCAGAACGACCCCCGCCGGCCCCAUAGACGCAACAACGUUGAGAUCAUCGACGACCGAGACAAGCGUCGGGCUGGCCGUUCUGAUCCCGCCUAUGAGGCCUUGAAGAAGCCCGACGUCGAGACUGACCCUCGCCCGGAGGUGUACAAGCUGCCCCAGGGUGACGAGAUUCGAGUUGAGUACGACCCAAAAGAUGACCACCGGCCACGUGAGGAACCAAAGGAACCUCGCAGGGAUGACCGUAAGCCGGUGGUGGUCGUGGAUGAACGCCGGGAUGUGAAGCGGGUAGAGAAGCCGACUGAGGCGCCCCGAGAGAAACAUGGGGUGGAGCAUCCCGAGGCCCCCAAUGCACAAGCCCCUAUUGACCCUUUCCAGUUCCAGGUCGCUGAUGAUGCGUUCCAAACGCCAAAGUACGCCACCCCGAAGAGGCCACUGACUCCCCAGGUCGUGACCGUCGACCGCGAACCCAACUUUGACGAUUCUCCGCCGAGGAAGCCCGACUACUCCGAAUCCCGAAUGAGCCGCAAAGACUCCUUUGAACUCGAGAAGCGUCUGGAGCAGUAUCAGCAAGGAGCACGAGACCGUUCCCGGACCCCUGAGCCGCGCCGCCGGAGAGAUUCUCUUCAGGAGGAACAGCAUGCUGCAAAGUCCAUCUACGAUGAGGCCAAGCACGCUACCGUGCCUAUAGCCGCGGCCGCCAUUGCUUCUGCCAUCGCCGUCGAAGAGGAGAGAUCACGCAAGCAUCGCAACGAUCAUGUGACCGAGGAUGGCUCUCGCGACAGAUCCCGAACUACCAAGGACGCCGUACAGGAAGAGGCCGAUCGGUACUACCGUGAGACUGUCAUCGCCCGCAAGAUCGCCAAGGACGAGAUCCGCUCGCGCAGUGCGUCUCCUCAUGAUGAGUCUGUUGUCGGCAAGUGGCAAGACCACGAUGAGGGCCCUGACAUCGUUACCAUCGUAACACCGCCCGAGAUGGAUCAUCCUCACGACAAGAGCCCGUACGACGCCCCCAACGCCGAUGUUCGCAUUGAUCAUGUCAUCAUCCCCGACGAGCUUUCUCGCUUCCGUCUGCCUCACCGUCAACUCGAUCCUGGCGCACAGCCAAUCUUCCAGUCUCGCGACCCUUCUGCUGAGCGUGAGCGACCUCUGCUGAACCUCGUCUUACCCACACCCGUUGUUACCCCGCGCCACACGCCCGCCCCUGAGAAGCAAGCGCAGGAACAACCCUCCAGUAGAAGUCAAGAGCCUGUUCAACCACGAUCCGUUACUUCAGCUGAGCCACCUUCUUCUGCGACCGCGCCUGCCACAGAAAUCGUUUUUGGACCCAGAGGCGAGGUUGUGGAAAGGCCGACAACGCCCACAGCCAAGUCAGUCACUUGGGGCGAGAAUGAGACCAAGAGCUUCCAGAUCGAGAGCCCAGAGCCUCCAAUCAAGGAGCUGUCCAGCACCUCUCGUAAGUCUAAGAAGAAGAAAAAGAAACUGGGCAAGAGUUCACCGUGGGGCAUCAUUGCUGCGGGCGUUGCCGGUGGAGCUGCAGCGGCUGCAGUCUCUGAAGCCUCUGAAGCCCCCAAGAUGCGCGAUCCUUUCGAGAGCAAGCCCGAAGAGGAAAGGGAGCGACACAGUCCCCCGGAGUCACCAAAGUCCCGCAGCGUCGAGCCUAUAUCACCCAUAAUCGAAGCUGCCCCAUCUAAGCUCACCACGUCGUUCGAAGAUGACGCAGACUUGCCUCCCGCCCCAGGCCCCAAGCCUUCUAGCCCUCAGACGUCUAGGAUGCCUGGCGCCUUUGCAGAUGAUCUAGAAUUUGCCUCUGUGUUGGCGGCUGGUCUUCAAGACACUGGGUUUGAUCCCAACAUUGUCAUCGACAACCCCACCUACAUGCGUCGCGACAGCCCACCAGGACAAAGUGAGCCGGCCGUUUACCAGCAGCCGUUUGCCGAGACUGUCACCGACCUGGGCAUCUAUGGUCCCGAUCAUACCCAUGAUGGGCCCACUGCAGGCGACCGCGGCUUUGUCAUUGGCGAGGUGCCAGAAACACCAGUCACAGAGAAGGAAAUGCACAACGGCCACGCGACCGACUCUCCUCGUGAAAAAGAACGUCGUGACAAGGGCAAGGCUAAGGAGGUGCCAUUCAUCGAGCAGGAGCCGCCAGUUGAAGAGACUGAACCGUCGAGGAAGCUGAGCAAGAAGGAGAAGCGCAAGCAAAAGGCAUCAAAAAGGCAAAGUCUCGACAACGUGCUACCUGAAGAGACGUAUGGUGCCCCCGAACCAAGAUCACAGCCCGAACCUGCUCCUUCGUCUGCACCGGCCCCUGUCUACGAAAGACCACACGGCUAUGAUGACGUUCCCGAAGCCACAUCACGACCUGAGCCUAAUCCAUUUGCUCCGAUGGAUCAUGCAUACGCCAGACCUCACAGUUACCACGAUGUCGCCGAAGCUGCACCACACCCUGCACACGCUCCAUACUCGCAAGCAAUGCCCGCCUACGCUAGACCUCACAGUUACUAUGGCGAGCCUACAACGGCUUACCGAGACCAACCUGCUCCCUACGCAGAGACAGGCCCUUCUUAUGAGAGGCCAAGCAGCUAUUACGAUACCCCUCAAAGUCCGGAAACCGUUGUGGCGCUUGGCCCGAAGACUCGUGGAUUUCAAGACGCACCCACCUGGGAUUUGCCCACUUCUUCUCUGACAACACACCCUCAUGACGAGACUCCCGUCUCCAGAACGGUGGAGUCCGAAGCUGCCCCAACAGACCCUGAAGCCUCCACAUCGGCGAAAACAAGAAAGAAGGACAAAAAGAAGAAGAGUCGUGGCUCGAGAUCUGAAAUCAUUGUCACAUAUGACGAUGAUGAGCCAGAAACUCAAGAGCCAUCUUCUUACAACGACCCGAGCACGUCCCGCGAGAAAUUGCCUGAGAGGGAUUCAUACCGCUCUACCGAACCCCAAGAGGCCGGCGACGACGCAUGGGAUGAGCAUGCGAAGAAGAAGAAGUCCAAGAAAUCCAAGCAGAGCUCAGACGAAUGGACAGACGUCGACAAACAGAGCGAUUACACCGCGACCCCAACCGUCGAACGAAGCAGCACUCGCGACGAUCUUGAAGACUGGGACGACCUCCCGGCCAAGUCUCAGCGGGACCGUUCCAAGUUCGAAGAGCGAGAUGUGAGCUCUGUAGUAUCUGACCCAUCGAGCAGGCGAGACAAGUCCGAGCGCCGUUCCAAGAGUAGCCGGAUUGACGACCGCGACGUGAGCUCAGUUGUCUCUGAUCCUGCGAGCCGCCGCGACAAGUCAGAUCGUCGAUCCCGGAGCAGCCGAUACGAGGACGCAGACACCAGUUCGGUGGUCUCUGACCCCUCAAGCCGGCGUGAAAAAUCCGAUCGCCGGUCCCGCAGCAGUCGCUUCGAUGAUAGGGAUGCUAGUUCAGUUGUGUCCGAUCCCGCCACACGGAGCGAAAAGUCAGAACGUCGUUCCAAGAGUCGCCGUGAGGACGAUCGAGACGCAGCUUCCGUAACCUCUGACCGUUCGUCUCGUCGUGAGAAGUCUGACCGACACUCGAAUGGAACUCGCUACGACGACGAUGCCAAGUCGGUGGUGUCGGAAAGCUCCGAACGUAAGAGACGCAGCCGAGACGACAAGAAGAGUCCCAAGGAAGAUGAGAAACGCAGUAGCGGCUUCUUUAACAACCUGUUUGGAAACAGAAGCAGCAAGGAUGUUUCCAGCAAGGACGAGAAGUCGUCUUUUUUAGAUAAUGCCGGCACCCUUGGCGCGGGUGCCGGCUUGGCGAGCGCCGUGGCAGCUUUGGGCUCCAUGAUGUCCCGCUCCAACGCCACCGAACCGCAGUUGGAAGAGUCGUCAGAUGCUCUUCAAGAUCGCGAGAGAUCCGCCAGUCCCCCGCGAGACCUAGACAUCGUCGACCCUGAGAUCGUGCCGCGGACUAUUAGACCUGCCAUCGACCCUCAGUACGGAGAUUUCCUCCCCCUGCCACCCAGCCCAAUGCCGCCCAGCACUCCUGGCUCUCCCACCCAGACAGACUUGGAUGAACUUCCUGCCCUGCCCGACAGCCGGCCGGAGACGCCACCGGAGGAGCGGAGGCGUCAGCACGAGACCAAGACGCCAAAGACACACGCCCGCAAGCGUAGCAACAUGGAGACACCGACCAGAAGCCCAAGUCAGACAGCCGUACCCUUCAAGCUGCGACUGGGGCAGAGGUCGACACCUUCGUCUCCAGGUACCUUCGGAGUCUCGCCUGUCACCUCGCCAGCGGUGCCGACGUUCCCCGAGACCACACACAUCACCCCUCCUCAUCCCGCUUCCCUGUCCAGGCGCCCCUCGAGGCCCAUCUCGUGGGAGAACAGUCGCGAGAUCAAGCCCCUCUACCUGCUUGAACAGGCUCGUCAGGAAUCCGCAGCUCAGUCAAUGGAGCCACCCAUUGAUUUCCCAGAGCUGCCUCCAAGCGAGCCGUCAUCGCGGGAAUCUCCUGCACCAGAAUUCACCCUGCGUGACGAGGAUGUGAAUUACUUCCAUCAGCUUCAGGCAUCGCCCUUUGAGCCUGACCUUCGUCUUGACACGGAUAUGUCCCGCUAUCCUGAACAAACAACGCGCCGUUUCAGCUCGCAGGAAACCACUCCGAAGGCAGAGCACGCAGUCCAGCAUGCCGGUGCCAUGUUUGAUGCGGCAUCACCUGGCCUUCCCCCGUCUGCAGAUACCGCCAGGGGGUUGGACUUGUCAGAGCAUGAGCUAGAGAAGCUGCCCGCACUUCCUGCUAGCCCUAUGACAUCCCCGGCAACGGCCAUUGCCAGUCCUACUCACCGUUCGAACAUUCCGGAGUUCAAGUCAGGGCAGUUACCUGCUCUACCCGACAGCCCCGUGACACACGCAACUGAGAUGCCCGAACCGGAACAAGUCGAGACGACGUCCAAAGAAAGAAACACACCAUCAAGCCCUACACUGAACCGAUCGCGCGAUGUUGCCGCCAAUUUGACCGAGAUUGACCAUGACGGCCACUCCCGCGAUGAUGCUAUUGGCGCUCUACUGGGAGGUGCCGCGGCUGGUCUGGGAGCUGCGUAUCUCGUAGACCGUCUCAAGUCUCACGACAAGUCAACAGAGAUUGGUCGAGACGGAAAGACUUUGGAUGCUCCCGAACCAGCAGAAUUACCCGUAAUCGAAGGCAGGAUGUCCAAGAAAGACAAGAAAAAGAAGAAGAAGGGCAAGGGCGCGUCAGUCGAUGGCAUUGCCCUCCCUUCUGAUGGGCCUACUUCUUCUGCUCUUACGCCAGAUGUCGAAGAAGCGUUGGUGUCAGCGGAGCACCUCGCAAUUGACUCCACCGACAAGGACUUCUUGCCAUCAAUCGAUCAGAUUCGCGCCAUGCCAACCGAGGAGCCAGUUCACGCCUCAACUAGCAACACUAUUGACGUUGCGCCAGUCGACAGAUCUGUGGGGCCCUUGGCCGAGAUUCCCUCAGUCGCUGUCUCCUCGAACGAUGAGAUUAAUUUGGAUGUUUUGCCACCGCUUCCUGCUGCGUCUGCCGACGAGCAUGCGCUUCUCUCAGCCGAUUUUGGUCCCUCAAUUGAUCGCGCCGAUGACCCGCUGCUUUCAACUCAAGAUACUCCGCCUGUGGAGCCCACUGUUCAGGCACCCCAUGCAGUCGAGGACCUUCCAGCUGUGCUUGAUGGCAGGCAUCACGCCGGCAAAUCCGUCGCGGAGGACGUACCUGUGGAUCGCAGUGCUCUGGUCGAAGAUGUCGCUCCCAAAACCGUUACAUCUGAGCCUUUGCUCGAGGACGACGCGUCUGACAAGAAGCUCUCCAAGAAGGAGAGAAAAAAGCAACUCAAGAUCAAGAAGGCUUGGGAGCAGGCUCAGGCCGAGAUGCAGGAGCUUGAACGAUCUGCCGAGCCGACUAAGCAGAACAGCAAAGCUGCCUCCGAAGCAGACACAACGCCGCAGCCCGCCCUCGCGCCUUUGUUUGAACAGACCGCGGAGACAACUGAAGCCGAGCGAGCCGCGGGUAUCCCGCUACCCGAGGUCUCGGAUGAGGUGUUCGAAGCUCCCCUGGAGUCCCUAGCUGACGUUCAGCCCACGCCCAAGCCGGAGAUUGCUAUCGAAACAAAGGCACCGUCCACUUUCCUACCCGCUAUUGAACAAGCGGCGGCUAUCCCUCUCCCUGAUGCCUCAGACGAAGCCUUUGAUACUCCUCUUGACUCCUUGGCCUCUAUCGAGCACCAGCCUGACACCGCUCUCGACGCGAAGGCCCUGCCGACUUCUUUGCCAAUCCUUGAACAUGCUGCGGAGAUCCGCGAGAUCGAGCAAGCUUCAGCUGAACCGCUCUCUGAGAAGGUUGAAGACAUGUCUCAGUCGAAUAUCAAGGAGGUGCCUGAAGAACCGGCCAAGGUCGAGGAGCAAGUCAAUAUCGAGGAGGUGCCCAAAAGUGAAGAGGAUCUCUUUGCUGGCUUGAGCAACAAGCAGAAAAAAAAGAAGAUGGCAGCAAUGGCAGCUGCUACUGCCGCGGCCGCGGCUGCCGCUAGUGUAACCAACGAAGCUCACUCUUCUGAAGCCAAGGAACCCCUCGUCUCCUCAAGUCCCCUUCCGGAAGCCGUCUCGGAGCCGCCAAUUGAUGCUGAGAAGGCAACGAAGAUCACCACGGAAGCGGAAACAGCUGCAAGUGUUCCUCUUCCUGAGAUCUCGAAACCUGUCCCAGAGACCUCUCCCGAGACUAGAGAAUCUCUUGGACCAGACAAUGCCCCCAAGGAGAAGGAGUCUUCCGAUGUCGAGCUUGCCAUUGCUGUUCCACUACCUGAGAAUGUCGCUGAGUCGCUCGAACCGGAGGUUGAGCAGGCUCAGCCCGAACAGCAGACUGAGGCCGACGUGGACCCGUUUGCCGGCCUGAGUAACAAGCAGAAGAAGAAAAAGAAGGCUGAGAUGAAGGCUGCAGCCGAAGCCGCUGAGGCUGCAGCCGUCGCCGCCGCCGCCGUUCCGCCUCUUGAGCAUGCCAACGAGUCGCUCGAACCGGAUACGUCUCUCAAGCCAGUCGAUGCCCCAAAGGAGAAGGAGUCUCCUGAUGCCGAGCUCGCUGCUGCCAUCCCACUACCUGAGCAUGUCGACGACUUGCUUGAACCAGAGGUUGAAGAGGCCAAGCCCGAAGAAAAGCAAGAGCAUGUCAAGGAGCUGCUUGACCCCGAAGUCGGACAAGCCAAACCUGAAGAGCAGCCCGAGGUUGAGGUGGACCCCUUUGCUGGCUUGAGCAACAAGCAGAAGAAGAAAAAGAAAGCCGAGAUGAAGGCGGCCGCCGAGGCUGCUGAGGCUGCCGCCGCUAUUGCCGCCACCGAAGCAGCCGAGGCUACUGCUGUUGACGCCGCCACUGUUCCACUUCCUGAGCAUGUGGACGAAUCACUAGAAUUGGAGGCUGAACAUCCGAAGACCGAAGAGCGACCAAAUGUCGAGUACAAACCAGUGGUCGAGGAGAAGCCAGUGACCAUGGAGAAGUCAGCGAUCGAGGAGAAGCCGAUGGAGGAGGUGGAUCCCUUUGCUGGCCUCAGCAACAAACAGAAGAAAAAGAAGAUGGCCGAGAUGAAGGCGGCCGCAGAGGCCGCAGAGGCUGUUGCCACUAAUGCCACCUCCGAAGUUGCCGCCGCCGCCGUUCCAAUUCCUGACGAGCAUGUCAACGAAUCACUUGAAUUGGAGGCUGGACGGCCCAAACCUGAGGAGCAGCUCGAGGUCGAGGAGAAACCCGUGGUCGAGGAGAAGCCAAUGGAUGAUGUGGACCCCUUCGCCGGCCUCAGCAAUAAACAGAAGAAAAAGAAGAAGGCCGAGAUGAAGGCGGCCGCUGAUGCUGCUGAACCCGCUGAGGUCAGCAGAGAAGUGGAAGUCGAACAGCCUACCGCCGCAUCACCGGCGCAACCCAUCGAAGAGAGCAAUCUAGUCACCGAAGCAACUGCUACUCCUGAAACCAGCAUCUCUCAAGCUAAGGAGGCCAUUGAGCUUGACCAGCCUGCAACCACUUCUCUCGCAGACAUCGAGGAGAAGAAGCCUGAAACAGAGCCGGAGCAGCUCAAGGCAGAGGAGGAUCCGCUUGCAGGUUUGAGCAAGAAGCAGAGGAAGAAGAAACUGGCUGAGAUGGCUGCUGCUGCUGAGGCUGCCGCUCAAGCUAGCGCUGGUCAAGCCAGCGAGACUCUGAAGGCGUCGGAAGUCCUUCCCGAGCCUUCUCUGGCACCCUCUGUCAAUGUUCAGGAGGCCAAGGACACGGAUGAAGCUGAACAGCUACCGGCACUUCCCGUCACGGAGGAGCCGGUUCCCGCCCCCGCCCUAGAUGCGGUCCAAGAACCAUUGCCUGAUGUCAACAAUUCCAAGGAGGAAGUCGAGACUGACUUGCCUGCUUCACCUCUGGUUCCUGACACUAAGAAGGGUAAAAAGAAGAAGAAGAGCAAGAAAUCUUUGGAUGCGACAAACGAAACUCUUCUAUCUACUUCAGCCCUCGAGCCCUCAACUGUUUCUUCUCAACCAGACACUCCUACAUUGGACAUCGAAGCAAGGUCGCUUGGCACCACUAAUGAUGUUACAUCCUUGCAACAAGAGUCCGCCCCUGAGGCGCCAGAAGCCAAGUCCGCUGAAAUCCAGCAAAGCCUCCCUGACCAGCGACUCGAUAUCCGCGGCCCCCAAGAAAAGCUCGACACACCAUCGGAAUCACUGCCGCCCCUCUCCGAAUCUAACGACAAGUCACUCGGUCCAUCUGACAGCUUGGCUGAGCAGCAGGUUGCAACUGUUGACCAAGACGUCAAGCCUGCCGACACCGACGUGGCGGCUAUUGAAGAGACUCAGCCUGUACCUCUAGCACCAGAAGAAAGCCUGGCCACGCUUGAAGACGACCCCUGGCAGCUAGACGAGGACCCAUGGCAACAGCAACCUUCAGUCUUUGGCCAAGAAGACAUUUCUGCUUCAAAGAGCGACGAGGUUUCGCAGCCACCGGCCGCUGAUCAAAUCAUCGAUGACACCCCGGUUGAACCGCUUGAGGCAGAGGUCCCAGCUGAAGCCGAGUCUACUUCCUUGUCCAAGAAGCAGAAGAAGAAGCUGAAGAAGUCCAAGAAGGACCAGACCGCCGAAGCUUUGAACGAACCUGAAGCAAAGCCUUCUUCCACCGAAACAGAUGCAAGCACACAACCUUCUGCUGCGGAAGUGGACUUGGUACAGACCGAUAACGACACUUCUCUAGCUGUCUCCGCAGAACCUGCUGUCGAGAACGCAAUAGUCGAAGCGCCCGUCGCAAAAGCAUUGGAGGAGACGUCCGUCUUACCUGAUACUGAACCAGAUGCUACCACCAUUCCUCUGCCUGAGGAUGAUACCGACUUCGUUGAGCAGAUCCCCCGACAAACUGUUGCCGAAGUGGAUGUUGCAGGAGUGCCUCUUCCCGAAGACGCUACCGAGAAGACCGAUGUAUCUGAACCAGCUCCGACUGAGAAGGAUGCAGCUGCAAUCCCCCUUCCGGAGGAUAUUACCGAGAAAGCCUCCAUUCUUGCCCCUGAAACUUCUGACAAUGUGCCAGCCAUUGUUGACAACGCGAUGGCAACUUCUGAGCCUAGUCUCACGGAGCCGCCACCGGCUGAGCCCGUUCAGCCUGAUGCAUCUGGCAAGAAAAAGAAAAAGAAGAAGAAGGGCAAGGGUGCUUCGCUGUCGCAGCUGGAUGACGUGAUGUCGUCUGAGUCGACUCCCCUCCAGUCCCCAGGCGUUCAGACUCCUACCACUGAAGCUCCUACCAACAAGGCUCCCAUCAAUGAGCCUGCUGCUACCGAUGCCCUUAUUGGCGAAGGUCCCGUCAUCGACACCCCGGCGUUCGAUGCUUGGGGAAUCGAGAGCCCUGCUCCCGAGUACUUUGCUAAAGCUUCUGCCAUUGAUACUCCCUCUGUCGAGGCUCCUUCCGUCGAGACCCCUGCCGUUGAGACUCCUGCCGUUGAGACUCCUGCCGUUGAGACCCCUGCCGUUGAGACUCCUGCCGUUGAGACUUCUAUCGAGACUCCGGCUGCUGAGACUCCGGUCGUUGAGACUCCGGUUGUUGAGACCCCGGAGGUUGAGACUUCGACAGCGGCGGCAGAAGCGCCCGUAUCGAAUGUCUCAACUACAGACGCACUGGCUGAAGACCCGUCCAGCCAGAAAACCGUCACCGAUACCGACGCUUCUGAAGCCGUUCCUGUGGACGCACAUCACCCAGAAGACACCAACCUUCAGACGGCCGCAGUCACGGCGGACACUCUCGAGGCCCCUACACCUUCUUCGCCUUCUACCGAGCAACAACAAGAUUCAGCUCCGACCGAGGAGACUUCUAAGUCACUUAAAAAGUCGAAGAAACAGAAGAAGAAGAAGGACAAGAAAGCACCCGAAGAUAAUGUCCUGGCGCCAAGCAUCAACGAAGAGCUCCCUGCCGAACCCGCAAAGGGUACUUCAUCCAAUGCAACAACGAUCGAUGAAAAGUCCUCUGCGACUGACGCGCAGAAAGCCGAUCAAUCGCAGGAAAUUGAUAUCAGGCCGACAGAUUUCGCUGUAGAGGAGGCAACUCAAGUGGAACCUCAAACACCAACAAUGACCGAAAGCCAGGAUGAGGCUUUCCUCACACCUCCGCAAGGGCCUGCGACUCCCAUUAGCCCAGAUGAGGUUUUCGAGAAUGCUUCCCAGGAGCCGACACUUGUUGACAGCCAAGUUGACUCGCUUGAGUCCAAACCGCAAGAAACCUUCGCCGAGGACCAGCAGGAUCGUGGUCCGGAGUCUCCAAUUGAACCCGAAGCAGCAUCAUCCAAGAAGAGCAAGAAGAAGGCCAAGAAGGCUGCUGCAGCCGCUGCUGCAGCCGCCGCUGCCGCCAUAACAUUGGAGCCGGCCGUUGAGGACGCUACCAAGGAUUCGGACAAGAAGGAUACUAAGGACGAGACGGUCACGGACGAGUCAAUCACAGACAAGACGGUCACAGACGUUGAAAACUCGAACACGACCAUUUCAGACAAGAUUGGGGAGAUGGAGCAAUCAUCGCAAGAACCCACCGCGAGCGGAGAAUUCGCUACGGACAGCAAGAUUUCAGAGGAGGCAGACCCAGGACCAACUGUUACCAAAAAGGGAAAGAAGAAGAAGAAGGGCAAGAAGUCUUCCACCCUGGACCCGGAGAGUACCCUCGAAAACUCGGCAGAUGUAGCGAAUACAAGAGAACAGUCCGCUUAUUUGACCUCUCCAUCGGGAGAGCCUAGCAGUGACGAAAUCCCCUUCCCGCAAGCAGACACGCCGACAGAGGCUGAGUGGCCGACUGCUACAACUGCGGGCAAGAAGAAGAGGAAAUCCGUGACCUGGGCACCUGAACUGGAGUCUUUCUCGACCAUUGCUGAACCUAAGCCUGAAAUGCCUCAUGAAGGCGACAGUGGCUUGGAGACGACAAGCAACAUCGAACGCGACUCCAUAUCUGAGGUAUCUUCCACUGUCGAGCCAAGCUCGGCUCAGGAUGCGUCAAGGGCAGGGGAGUUGCCCGAAGCAGGCAGUCCAGGCGAUGUUCCGACCUCGCAAGGUUUAGACGAGGAUGUCGACCAACAAACAGCCACAGUUGUGGCGGAGAAGGAUCUCGACUCUGAUGGCCAAGCACAGAUGCACCCUGCAGGCGAGCCCAGUGAGGAGGCCCUGCCCACACUGCAAGACACAACCGCGACCCCCAGCGACGAUGUUCCGUCAUCUCCUGGGCUGAACACAAGCACGCGGGGAGUUGCAGGCGAGCCAAUGGAUUCUCUGACCCGGGAGCCUUCAACGCCUGCCUUUUCCAGUGAAGGCGGCGCUGAAGUGGCCAACGAGAAGGGCGGUGAGACAUUAGAGCGGGAGCACGAGGUAGACGCGGAGCAGGUGGCUAGGGCCCAGGCUGGUGCAACAUCGGACCCCGAAGCUGCGGGCCGCCCUGACACCAUUGACGAACCAUCAGCGGGAUCCAACGCUCAAACGGGAGAGGUCGGCAGCCAGGACCCCGGCCUGCAUGCGGGUGUGGAGCCGAUUGACGACAAAUCACUGGAGAACACGCAAAACAGGCGGAUAGCGGAUGACCAAGCCGUGGGACCGGCCCUCACCGACUCGGCCCUGGAGCUUCUGGAGGCUGGAGGCCCACUUCAACCCCCGGUCACAGCCUUGGCGAACCAAGACACAAACACGGCGAUCCCCCAACCUCUAGGACAGGGCACACAGGAGGGACAGGUACCCAGUCAGACAUCAUUGGAGGUUGGCAAAAAAUCUGACGCGGGGAUUACUGACUCUACUGCCGAGACCGAGACCCUUCUGCAAGACGUUCAACAACUAGACAAAAUUUCAGACGUCGAAAAGAAGGAAGAAGAAAAGAAGGACCAGAGAGACGAAUUCGAUUCUCUCGCCGCCAAUGUUGGAUUCCCGGGUCAGUCAGAUCUAUCGGAAUCUUUGGGUCAACCGAUCUUGCCGGAGCCGCAAAUAGAGCCGCUUUCGGAGACUCUUCCCGGCCUUGAACCAACAGGGGACCCGAGUACCACUCACGACCCCGAACAGACCGAAACACAAGUCGGUCAGGAAGACGACGUUGGUUCUGAGCCCUCAAGCUCGAGCAAGAUGUCCAAGAAGGAAAAGAAGAGCAGCAAGAAGAAGACCAAGGCUGCAACAUCUGAACCAAUUCCUCAGGAUGAUGUCCAAAAUCUCAAGUCACCGAUUGUGGAAGAUGGAGCCCCGGCUGUCAGGGCCGUUGACGAAUCAGUCCAAGCACCGGAGCAGGCGGGGCCGAAUGUCACGGACGCCCCGGAAGCAACCGCCGUAAGAGAAGCAAUCGAGGCUGGCGAGGAUGAAUGGGCAAUUCAACCAGCUGGCAAGAAGAAGCAGAGCACUGAGCCUUCGCCUGCGCCUGAAACGCGCGAGAUUCCCACUGAGCCUGAAGCGCCUUUACAGUCUUCAGUAGACCAAGCCUCCAAGGGUAAUGAUGCUGGCGACCACAAGUCAACAGAGGAGUCUGCGGACACCCCGGAGAGCGCAGAGCCCAAGCAAAGUGAAGAGGUUCGGGCCUCGGCGGAAAGCACAUCAGACGAAGUUCAAAGUUCACCACAGCCAACGACAAAUGAUGAGCUGCCGGCCGAACCAGCAGAGGCCGACAUCAAUGACUUUGAGCCGACGAAGAAGAGCAAGAAGGACAAGAAAAAGAAGAAGAAGCAGCAAAGUCUUUCAUUGGACGAUAGCCAGGAACUCCCCCAGCUGGAGACUCCGCUAGAGGAAUCUUCCUCUGCUUCACCUGACAACGCCCCUUUGCUUGGCGACGCAGCACAAAUGCCAUCUGAAGAUGUGCAAGCUUCAUCAGAGCCAGAGUCCAAAGGCCCGCUAAAGGCCGGUGCUCAGGGCCUCUCGACUUCGACGUCUGAGGAAGAACCACCGGCCCAGGACUCACCAUCAACUUUGCAGCCUACCAACCUGGAAGCAGGAGCCUCCUCUGCCCCUAUGGCUGAAGUAUCCGAAGUCAAGCAGGAACUGCCAUCAGAGCCUUCUGGCCUGACUGAUCCUUCUCCAGCAACGCUCGAGACACCUGCAGAUAACACCACUCCACUUGCAGAGGAAGAGUUCCCAGCUGUCACCAAGAAGUCCAAGAAGGAUAAGAAGAAGAAGAAGAGUCUUGCUUCCGACACCCAAGAUGAGCCGCCAGCCACGCCGGAAGCGCAGCUCGUGGCAAAGGAGAUUGACCUAUUAGAAGCACCGCAGACUUCUGAGCCACUAACAAUGCCUGCCGUCACGCCGGCCGCAGAGGAGCCAAACCCCCAAGCCGUGGAGGAGGUGGCUACUCCACCAGAGGCAGCGGCGUACACCGAGUCACCAGCCGUUGUAUCCGAAGAUCCCAUCUCUGAGAACCAAACGCCGACUACUGUGGAGGAAGAGCUUACCACCUCGAAGAAAUCGAAGAAGGACAAGAAGAAGAGCAAGAAGGACACCGCGCAAGAUAUUCUGGAGGACUCUCCUGCUCCAGAGGCAGAAAGCAAGCCGGAAUCGAUACCCGCAUCGCAGGUGGAGGAAGCUCGCGAAGAAGCCGUCGUUCCUGGUGGCGAAGCGAUCGCCCAACCGAAGGAACCCGCGGAAGAGCCCAUCGUCACGACUGAGCUUCCCGAUCAGCAAAAGGAAGAACCUGUCAAAGCAGAGCCUGAGCAAGAGAAGGGUAUCGAAGAGACGGCGCCUCUAGAAUCGGAGCAGCCUAAGGUCGAGGAGGAUCCCUUCAAAGGCAUGAGCAACAAACAGAAGAAGAAGAAGAAAGCAGAGAUGGCCGCUGCCGCUGCCGCCCUGGCCGUUGCUCAGGAACCCACGCCUGCCGCCGAGGAACAAACCGCUGACUCCACGCCUGCUACUCUUGAGACCCCACCAGAGGCGCGGCCUACUGAGGAAACCGCUACCGAGGAACCUUCUGCGCAAGAACCGCAAACUGCAGAUGAAGUCAAGAGUGUGCCAGAGGUUACGCCGGAGUUGAUGAAGUCUGAAGAGGAUCCAUUCAAGGGUAUGAAUAAGAAGCAAAAGAAGAAGAAGAUGGCCGAGAUGAAGGCGGCCGCUGAAGCCGCUGAGGCUGCCGCCACUGUCGAAGCUGUCGAGGUCGAGAAGCCCACGGAAGACGAAGCUGCCGCUGAGAAGCUUGUCGAGGCGCACCUCACAGAGGACUUGGUCGCUGAGAAAACCUCCACUGAGGAGGAGCUUACUGGGGAGGAGCCUGCCGUUGAGAAGCCUUCCGAUGAGAAGUCUGCCGAUGAGAUCCCCAUCGAGACAAUUUCCACAGACGACGCGUCCGGACUGGAAACUACCACCGAGGACAAGACGCCUGUCGAAGAGAUGACUUCUGACAAGACUACGAUCGAGACGCCGACCAAGGAGCAGUCCGCCGUGGAGCCCGAACGCGCGGCGGAACCAGAACUUGUGUCAGAGGCAGUAUCAGAGCCAGCCAAGGCAGACGAAGACCCUUUCAAGGGUAUGAACAAGAAACAAAAGAAGAAGAAGAUGGCCGAGAUAGCUGCCGCCGCCAAGGCUGCCGAAGCUGCUGCCGCUGGUGAGGCUGUCUCUGAGGCCCAACAAGUACCUUCUGAGCCUGCUCCAGCCAAGCUCGUCGACGAGGAGCCUAUUGUUGAGGAGUCUGCUGCCAAGGAGACUGCAGCUGAGUCGAAGUUCGUGCCCGAACCGGAGCUCGAGCAGCCUCAAGUCGAAGAGGACCCUUUCGCUGGCCUGAGCAAAAAAGAAAAGGAGAAGAAAUUGGCUGCAAUGGCCGCUGCUGAGGCCGAAGAGAAGGCAGUUGAGCAGAUGGUUGGUGAGGACAAGGUUGCCGAUAGGAUACCUGCAGAUGUCGCUCUUGAAGAGACUCCUGCUGAAGCCCCGACUGCCGAGGAGUCGACUCUUGCCGACAAACCUACCGACGAGAAGGCUGUUGAAGAUGCGCCUGUUCCAGAGGUGCCCCAGGUCGAGGCUCUGGUCGAGGAGGACCCUUUCAAGGGCAUGAACAAGAAGCAGAAAAAGAAGAAGAUGGCCGAAAUGGCAGCAGCUGCUACUGCUGCAGCCGCCGCCGGGGUCAUCGCAGCUGAAGUCAAGGAUAUCCACCACGACAAGGCUGCAGACGACAAGGCAGACAUCUCAUCUGAGCAGCCACCCGCAUCUGAAGUAGAGACUGCCGCGACGUCGAAGGAUGCUCCUAGGGAUGCUAGUCCUGAGCUUCUUGAGGUGAAGGAGGCGUCAGAAAAGCCUAAGAGCCAGGUCGAUACUUCCGCAAUUCCGGAUGUCAAUGUCGAUGACGACCUCCCGAUGAUCGAGAAGAAGACGAAGAAAGACAAGAAGAAGAAGGGCAAGGCCUUGGAAACCCUUGAGCCUGAAUCUGGCCCUUCGCCUGGUAUUGCCGCCCAAUCAAGCGAACCUGUCGCAGAGCCUUCUAUCGAGGCUAUUGCUGAGAGCGUCCCGGAGCCUCCGCUGAGCGAUCCUACUCUAUCCACCGAGGACACACUUGCCGCAGUAGAGGAGCCUUCUUCGUCAAUGCCAAGUACCACAAUCGACCAGUCUGCCGAUCAGUCGAUGCAUCUCGAGAGCCCCAAAGCACCUAUCGAGGAGCCUGCCAAAGAGGCCAUCGAAUCGAUGGCAACAGACAAGCCUCACCUAGAUGCCGAUGUUGCUGCUGCCGCUCAGGAGUCUUCUAAAUCUGUGGAGGAUGAUUUCUCCCCGAAGCUGUCUAAGAAGGAUAAGAAAAAGAAGAAGGGCAAGCUUCAGGACGACUCGGAUCCCCCCUCUGGAACGGCAACACCCACCGUCUUGGAGCCUUCAGACCACCUUGAUGUAUCUACUCCUGAUGUUCAAGAAGCACCGGCUGCCGCUAGCACCGAUGUUCCUGCACCUGACUCAACCGAAUCGACUAAAGAAACUUCGGUGGACAUCUCGGAACCCCAGGUAGAUGCCGUCACUGUAGACGUCAGAGAGACGGCGAAGGUGGAAAGCGAGCCCCCUUCUGUUACCAAUGAGGCCGAGGAGGUGCACGUUGCCAAUGCCGAGUUGCCGACCAUUGAUACAGAUGCUACUUCAGCCCUAGUUGGAGACUAUUCCGCUGAAAUUCCCGCUGUGGCCCCCGUCGAGACCCCUGUUGAGGCUUCUGCCGAGAUUCCAAACAUCGACGACGAAUUUCCAGCCUUCCAGAAGAAGUCAAAGAAGGACAAGAAAAAGAAGAAGGGCAAGACUCAGGACGACAUUGAGAUCACAUCGGGAGCUGCCACUCCAGCUGAUGCACUCGAAGCUGAGAGGCAUCAAAUACAGUCGCCCGAUAUCUCUGCCGAGCCAGUCAAGACUCCUACAGAUGCCAACUUCCCCGAGGCUGAGCCAAUUUCCACCCCAAUUCAAGAGGUGGAGGACCGUUCCGUGGCGAAAAUCCUCGCGCCAGCGCCCUCGGCUGAAUCGAAGACUGUCAUCGAUCAAGAUUCCAUCGCUAAGGACUCCCAACUUCCAAUCGACGCACCAGUUGAGGAAGAAUGGCCCGAGAACGCGCCCGUCAAGAAAUCUAAGGACAAGAAGAAAAAGAAGAAGUCCAUGGUCGAGCAGGAUUUGGAUCUUGCAUCUGGAACCGAGACACCGAUGGAGACCACCGUUGAAGACAACGAAAAGGAAGUAGCACAUAUUGAUGAUGCUAUGACUACCGACACACCCCUGACCUCCGAUAGCAAGAUGGCUUCAGAUGUCCCGCUUGAUAAGGCCUCAGUGGAAGCGUCACUUGAGGCUGACUCGACACAAGCAUCAGUUCCAGAGGUAGCACAGCCUUCGUCAUCGAAGGAUGUCUCACAAGAACAGCUGGCGGCAGACAUACAACAACCUUCUCCUGCACUCUUGGCCGAGAACCAACCUGAGCCAUCAGCUUCUGUGAAAUCAAUCGAGCUUAAGCCCGAGGAGACUGCCGAAGAGACAGCGGCUGCCGAGGAGCCUUCAGAGUUCACAGUCAACCAGUCUAAGAAAGACAAGAAGAAGAAGAAGAAGUCUACUACAUUGACGGAGCUUGAAACCCCUACUCCAAUUGCCGAGGAGCAAGUGGCCACCUUGGAAAACACUGCCACCGAUCCCAUCGAAAAGCCAAACACCGCAGGAUCCAUCUGGGAGAGCUCAGCCGUCGAGCCUGUGGAGGGAACGGCCUUGCCUGCUGAGGGGUCAGCCUCAGUGAUUCCGGAGACUGAGCCCACAACUGUCCACUCCCAGGAUGCUCAGCCAAGACAGUUUGCAGAGUCCGACGUGCCAACGACCACUCUGGACCUUGAAUCCAAGCCAAAAGGACUGGACAGCCAGUCUGAUGCUGCCCCUUCGACUGAGCAAGAAUCCAUCGCUCCCAUCGCAGUUGAGAAUUUGCCCGAGGGUGCUUCUGAUCAAGUCCGUUCAGUCGAAAGUUCCGACGUCGUGGCCGCGCCAGAGGCCACAGCUCCUGCUGAUCUUGACGAUUUCAUGCCUGCGAAGAAGAGCAAAAAGGACAAGAAAAAGAAGAAGCGACAGAGCCUGGCAUUCGACGACGUCGAACCCGAGUCGCCCCUGGCUUCUGGCACGGCAACACCUAAGCUUGAGUCGACGGAGCAGCAAGAAACCGAGCGAGCUUUCGAUCAACAGCCUCUUCUAGCGGAAGAUAUCUCGAGACACGAGAACCAUGCUUCGAGCGACAAGUCGGCCUUCACGAGGGAUGAUCUCGCAACAGACAGAUCCUUCGAAUCCACUUCAGUGCCUCAACCCCUCCCCACUCUUGACGCCUCAGCUGGCCCCCAAAUAAUGGACGCCAUGACACCUGAACGCCGAGAAGAUCUCAACCAAGUUCAGACAAUCUCCGAAGACACGCUGGCUACUGAAUCUACGCCGCAGCAGGUUGUCGGUGACGAGACGAUCUCAGUUGACCAGGUGGAUGAAGUCUUGCCUAGCGCUCCAAUGGAUGUGUCUGAACAGGACGAUAAGCGCCCCGUAGAGGCAACGAGCGCACCAGAUGUUCGCGAAAGUGCCCUCAUGGAGGAACCUGAAGAGACCUUUGUCGUCAAGAAGUCUAAGAAAGACAAGAAAAAGCGCGCCAGCCAGGUGCAGUUUGAGGAGCCGGCCUCGCCCAUCCUCGAGACCACCGAAGCUUCUGAGCAAGCCACCUUCGCCGAGCCAGGGCCUGAAGACAUCUCUCGGGGGAUCGUUCAGGAGCCCGAAGUCAUCGACCUUGCACCGCAAGAACCCAUUGCGGAGGAGUUCGUCUCCAAGAAGUCUAAGAAGGACAAGAAGAAGGCCAAGAGACUUUCCUUUGCGGAUGAGCCAGAAACGAUCGUUGAGGAGCAGGCCAGCGCCCCAGUCUUACCUCAAGGCGGCUUCGCCGCACUGGAGACGUCAAAGAACCUCCCGGUCACCGCUGCUGAGACGGAUGUUGCGAAGGGCUCUAUUUCACUGAAAGACCCAGGCCAUCAGACAGCGGCUAUGAUCGAACCAGAAUUAACGACUGAACCUGUCGCUGCUGGUGAUGAUGAAUGGGACAUUCCCGUCACCAAGAAGUCGAAGAAGAACAAAAAGAGCAAGAAGCAGUCAAUUUCACUGGAUCGCUCUCCCAUCAGCGCCAACUUACAGCCGGAACAAGAAACGACUGUGCCUGGACCUAGCCGAACUGAAGAUACGAAAGACACGGUUGAGUAUUUCGACAGUGCACCUCGCGAAAUCACUCGAAGCCCUUCAGCGCCACCGCCUCCAGAAACCGCAUCGGCCCUCGAAUCAUCUGCAGGCAUAGUUCCCGAGCCUGUUGGUGUCAUUACCACGUCUCCUACUUCGAAUAAGUCAGUAGACAUCGAUCUCACUCCCGCACAGGAGACCAGCAACGUCAUUCAUGAACUGCCCUUCGAUCAGUCAAACAAACGCAAGAAGAUGAAGACGAGAGAGUUGUCCGACACUCUCCUCCCCGAGCCGAUUGUCAGCUCUAGAGAUGUUGCUGCUGCGUACUUUGAUGACCGCGAGACACCAGCAGCGGGCAUCAGCAAGAUUGAGGAUGAGCUCCCUACCCCGGAAGCUGAUACACCCCUUGGAAAAAAUAUUCCUGGGCACAGCGCGGGCAAAGAUGAGCCUCUUCGGGAACCAGAGCCAGCUGCAUCCCUUGACAUCGCCGCUUCGUACAUGGAGCACAAGUAUGACCACAAGCCGGAUGAAUCUGUCCAGCCAAUCACACCAGAGAAGAAGGCAUCCGAGUCAUCAGGCAUCGGCGCCGCAGUCGGGGCAGCAGCAAUGGCUGCCGGUGCGGGAGUCCUUGCUAGCAAAUCGAGCAGCGGUAAGAAGAAGAAGGGAAAGAAGUCGAAGUACGAGGACAAGCGCGCAGCACAAGAGGAAGACAUGUUUGAUGAUCCUUCUCUCUGGGAAGGUGCCGAUAGGAAACAUGUCAGCGAGAUUGCAAGCAAAGAGGUGGAAGACUUUUGGGGGGGCGGCGAGAAUACGGCCGAUGACCAGCUACCUGAGCAGUCAACAAGAACAAGCAUGAUGGCGGACGACGUUUUCGGUCCCUCGCUUCAGCAACAGGAGGGCGUCCCCAUUGAAGCACAGGAGACUAUUGUCUAUGAACAAGAGCCCAACGCGUCUCCAGUAUCUCAAGGCUUGGUAGAGGACGUACCAAAAGGAAGGUCACAGGGGGAGGAACAGGCUAAGGAUGUUCUGAGUCUCACAGCACCGCUCAAGGAGAAGGCUCAAGACGACAACAUUGAGAGCCCGAUUCUUGGCAGAGAAAUCGGAACGGAGCAAGCGAGCGAGCCUGCCAGCAUCACGACACAACAACGCUCACUGAACCGGGGUACCAGGUCUCCCAUGACAAACACCAUGGUUAGCGAUAUGGAUGAAGCAGUCGAUCGUGGGUUCGAGGCUGAGGCCCGUCGCGAUCUAUUCGUUGGACGUUCACCAAACAGCCCUGAGCGGACCUUGGAGAUGGGCGGUUUCCGGAGUCCGGUGCCGAGCAUCUUGCCGCCCGUUCAGGAGGAGGGUCACGAUGGAAGCGAUAUCGAACCUCGAUUGCUGUACAGGCCUGCUUCUCGCACAACCACAGGCUCACCUGACCCAACACGAGACAGCGGUUUUGUACCCAGCUCGCCUCACCCUCUCAGAAGGGGAGGUUUCGACAAUGAGGAGCAACGAGACAGCGGAGUUCAUCUUCGGGAUUGGCAGGAACAAAGAUCACCAGGCCGCGAUGGACAACGGACUCCAGAGUUGAGGUUUCACAAAAGCGAAAGACGACGAUCUAGAGAUCUGGAGAGAGUCAAGUCGCCGGAGAAGACCUCACUGAUCGAAGGAGAGGCUCGCGAUCACCCACUUUCCAGAACACCCGUAUUGCGAGAGCCUGCAGGAAGGGAGUUGACUCCAGAGCCGCAGAAGCACAAACGGGGCAUCAGCCCAGAGCUUGAGAUGCGAAGAAACAAGUACCAGGACCUGGCGUCGGCUGCCUUGGCUGGUGCAGCAAUCAGCAGCACAGUCUCGUCACCACGCAGCACUCCGCCACCAGGUAAUCGCAGCGUUUCCGACAGGGUCGCACGGCUGCAGUCUCCAGCACCUACAGAGCCUAUAGCGCGCAGGUCCAUGUCCAACAGCAGCCUGUCACGGCACCGGCGGGCCACUGGGGCGCUAACGCCAGAACCGCUCAAGUUCCGGCCUGAGAGCCCAGGCAUCCAACGGUCAGGCACCGCCACCCCGCCUCUUCGCCGGGUCGACAGGCGUGUAAGCGGAGACUUGCGAUCCAUCAGCCAACGAAGUCAGCUUGACCUCAACAAGGACCCCAAGGACCCGACCAGCUCCUCAAACACCCCCGUCGCCAACGAAGGUCGUGUCCGUACCAAGGACAUGGCCGACGUCUUCCUGGAAGCGCUUGAUGGAUUCGGUGAAGGCCGCAUCGGCUCUCCCCGAUCGCCUACCCGUCCACACAGCAUGCGACGUCGCCAGAGCAUGCAAGUCCUCGAGCUCGAGUCCCGCGUCGAACAAUUGAUGGCGGAGAACCGCAUGCUCACAGACGCCCGAUCCCAGACCGAUACCCACAACAGCAACAGAGCCUCUGGCAUUCUGGCAGAGCGCGAUGCCGAAAUCGAUGUUCUCAAGCAAUCACUUGAGUUUCUACAAAAGGAGGUUGCCCGAUUGACAGAAGUCAACGAGGGCCUGAACAGCGCCAAUACCCAGCUUGCUGCCCAACACAAUGAGCGUUACCGGUCAUUGGAGACCCAGCACUCUGAUGCCUCCAGGCAAUUAGAGCAAGCGCGCACCGAGCAUAACCACUUCCAGGAGUCACUGCUCCAAAAGGAUGCCGAGAUUGGCCGCCUACGCUCUGAGCUCGAUGCGGCCAAGGACAAGAUCCGACAGAUGCAGCGCCAGAUCCUGGCAUCCAAGGGCGCUGACAGCGACUUCCUCAAUGUCAAGGAUGUCGACCACUUUGACCACAGAUGUCAGCAGCUCUGCUCUCACGUACAGCAGUGGGUUCUGCGCUUCUCAAAGUUCUCUGACAUGCGCGCCUGCCGCAAGACAAACGAGAUCAAUGACGAAAAGGUCAUUGACCGUCUCGACAACGCCAUCCUCGAUGGCACCGAUGUGGACACUUACCUCGGCGACCGUGUCAGGCGCCGAGAUGUGUUCAUGUCCAUGACGAUGAACAUGAUUUGGGAGUUUGUGUUCACUCGCUACCUCUUUGGCAUGGACCGCGAGCAGCGACAAAAGCUCAAGUCGCUGGAAAAGCUGCUUACCGAGGUCGGCCCUCCUCCAGCCGUCCGACAAUGGCGUGCCGUCACCCUGACGCUGCUCUCUAAGCGCCCCAGCUUCAAGCACCAGCGCGACCUCGACACCGAGGCCGUCGUCCAAGCCAUCUUCCAAACGCUGUCCAGGGUCCUCCCUCCCCCUUCCAACCUGGAGGACCAGAUUCAAUCACAGCUGCGCCGUGUGAUGCGGGAGGCCGUCGACCUCUCCAUCGAGAUGCGCACCCAGCGCGCCGAGUACAUGAUGCUCCCGCCGCUGCAACCAGAGUACGACGCCGACGGCGAGCUCGCCGAGACUGUCACGUUCAACGCGGCGCUCAUGAACGAGCGCAGCGCCGACAAGUCUGCUACCAACGAGGCUCUCGAGGCCCAGAGCGCCGUUGUGCGUAUCGUCUUGUUCCCGCUCGUCGUCAAGAAGGGCGACGACGGCGGUAACAAUGACGACGAGAUUGUUGUGUGUCCUGCCCAGGUGCUGGUGGCUCGGCCCAAGGGCAAGUCCGUUAGGCUGUUUACGCCCGGGAGCGACGCUGGCGGUGCGUCGCUCGGCGGGCAGACGGCGGCCACGCACAGCGAUCUCAGCAUGGGAACUUUCUUGCCCGAUCAAGCCUCCAACUUGCGGUAA